AAAAAAGAAAAUGAGCAAUCAGUGGGUUAUCUCUUUAAUCAUUGGCUUCAUAGCUUUAUCAAAGGCUACCGAUACUUUGAAAGAAUUUACCGCGAAACUUGAAUUUAAUGAUAAGAAAUCAAAUUAUGGGCUUUUAGGAGAGCAUAAUUCUCAUACAAUAUCCAGGUGUGCCAUGAUGUGUAAAAGGGAGUGCGUCUUCUUUGGAUUCAACAAUCAAAUGAAGAAAUGCCGUACCCAUAAGAAAAUAUUUAAGUCUGAGCUCUCUGAUGAGGCCGGUUGGAGAUACUACUCGGAUAACGAUUUUUCUAGUAUGCCCAAAGAUUGCAAGGAUCUUCGAGAAAAUGGACAAACCAUCACAGGGUUGUAUGAUAUAUACCCCUACGGAACAUUAACAGUACCGGUCAGUGAGCAUUGCGAUAUGACGACAAUGGGCGGGGGGUGGACGGCAAUUCAGAAACGCUUAGACGGAUCGAUGACCUUUAACAGGACCUGGACGGAAUAUAAAAAUGGCUUUGGUUCACCAGCACAGAACGUCUGGAUUGAAAACACCUCAUCCCUGUAUGCGUCCAUCACUCUCCAGAAUGGUACAACUCUGUAUGAAAUGUACAACGGAUUCUCUGUCUCCGACGAAGCAGGAAAAUAUCAACUCUUUCUUGCAGGACCUGCCAAUGGGACUCUAGGUGCCAGUGUGAUUAGACACAUUGAAUUCAUGAUCAAGGACUGA